CAUAACGUAACAACUCACGUUGAGGUCUUUGACAACUGGCAGCCGCAGCAACAGCCGUAGGAGCAACAAAAAGGAGUCCCCCCAAGAGCUUGUAAACGCAGUCAAUGAAUAAAGUAAAAGAUCUCAUAAAGCACAAUAAAUGAUGGCAGGUGACAAGAAAAUUCAAAGAGCCGAGUGAGUGAGUGUCGUGCACGAGAAAUGAAAAAAAAAACUUGGGAGUCGUUAGACAGGAGGAAAGGCAACGAAAAAGAAAAAAAAAAAAACAUUUCUCCAUGGCUUAACAGGCUGACAAGUCGGCAAUUGUUACUGCAUCCACCAACGGCAGCUGUAACAAAAAGUGACGCCGGCAGAGUUGGUGGCAGUUACGGCAUUGGAUUAUUGCUAGACGUUUGUAGCAAUGUCUGGCUUUAUUUACAUAUCUAACGUCAAUGUGAAUGUACCGCACAACAACUAUUGGCUUUUGAAGUGCGCUGCCUGGAUGGAUGGCUGGCUGGCUACGGCUCCAUCCAUAUCCAUGUUUGUUGGCUGCUAGCUGGGGGUAUAAAUCGAAUCUGGAUUCCUACCAUAAUCACAGUCAAAGCCAAAUCGUCUUAGAGCAACGUACUCUAAGCCCAAAAUCAAAGAAACGAACAACAACAACACAAAAAACAACUCCAGCCAGUUGUGAUAUCAAAAUAUCGCUGUGAUCUCUUCCCCAUACGAAUCGCGUGUCUAGGAAGCGUUCAGUGUGUUUAACAUAAAAGAAAGUUAACAGUGCAGUUAAAUUUAUAGCUCAAGACAAAAAAUAUAAAAAACAACAACAACAACUACAUACAUAUUUAUAUAAGCCAAAUAAAUAACAACAACAAAAACAAUAUGAUGAAAUUUUUGGUAAUUUGCUCCCUGCUUGUGGCCACCACAGCUGCCCUGAAAAUCCAUGAAUAUGCCGAAUACAAACACGAGGGAGAACAUGGUGGCGAGGACACUGAGGUCCACCAUGAAGUUGAACACAAACAUGCCACCUCCCAUCAGAGUGUUAAAUUUCAUCAUUACCAUGCCGUCCCCGUCUACAUCAAGAAAGAAGAUCAACAUUUGGUCAAGAAACCUGUGGAAAUCGGUGGCACCAAACAAAAGUUGAAGAUCCUCCAUCCUGAGACGAAAAAGAAUCACAAUCAUGGCUUGGUUUUGGAGGAACACAGUGAAUCGAAAUUCCACGAUAUUGGCCACCAUGAAGAGGAACCCGAACAUCAUGAACACUCAGCUCAUUAUGAACAAUAUUAUCAUCAUGAAUAGAGUUUACAGAAGAGAUUAGGAGAGAGGGAUGAAGAAAUUCAAAAUUAAGAGAAUUUUGUUGGAAAACAAAAAAACAAUUUGCCAAAUUUUAAAAAUAUCUUCUAGAAAUGAUUUAAGACUUAUUGUUAACUGUACUGUUCGUGUUUUAAUAAAAUAAA